AGCGUCGUGAUACCCCACUGGCCCGUGUCGCAAUCGUCUAUCCGUUCCUGCUUCUGAUCCUGUCUUUCUUUGUUGGCUGCCUCGGCUUUGUGGUGAGUUGAACCGCCAAAUUAUGGCCAGAGAAUCGUGGGAUGAUGAAGAGGCGCUAUCCGGCAGAACCGUCAUCGCCCCACUGACCGAUGACGAAGACGAACAUUAUACCGACGAACCUGAUGGAAUCCAGCAACUCGGCAUGUCAGGGGGUGUUGAGGCUUCGCCUACCACGCUGCCCAUGCCCGUCUGGCUGGCGGAAUCCUCCAAAUCUUUCCACUGGAAAUGGGUCCCGUUGCCGUUCCGCCAGGCUGCCCGCUCGACUGUGAAGUGGCUCAAAGGCCCCGAUCCACCCCAGGUUCUUCUCUUGAACCCACUCUUCCCUAACAUACAGUCUAUUCCUAUAAAACUCGUCGAUAGGUUCUUUCCAAAACGAAAAUACAAGAUUUGCCUGCUGCUGGCGGUGUAUUUUAUCUGGUUUCUCCCCUGGGCGCUGGUGCAGAGAAAUUCCGCUUCUGGUGGUCAUAUCGAGGGCUAUGGGAAGCCCGUUCCUAUUAGCUGUGGCGCUAGCUACUGGGCACCAGGUAACGAGUGCGGACUCAAUGGGUAUGAAUGCCGGCCGUUUAACCGCUCGACCUAUGCCUUUCGGUGUCCUGCAUUUUGCAGUAGCCUUCUCGUCCUAGAGCCGUACGUGGUAGGAAAUGUGACUGUCAACUACCAGCCUCUGGUCGUUGGUGGUCCUAUGCCUGGCGCCCCGGUUUAUGAUUAUGAGAAUGCGAUCUAUCGAGCAGACAGCAAAGUAUGCCAGGCUGCAAUCCAUGCUGGUGUUAUCAGCGACUCCACAGGAGGUUGUGGCGUCGUCGAGCUGACUGGCGCCGGCUAUUCAUACUUCGCCAGCAAGGCGCAUGGCGUCUCCUCGAUUGGCUUCCCUUCGACUUUUCCGAAAUCAUUUAGAUUCCUACGUCUGCUGGAUUCACAGUCAGACUGCCCCGGAGACUUGCGAUGGCCGCUGUUUGCUAUUACCGCAGCUGCGAUUGUCCUGGUUUCUCUCUUCACGACCUCCCCCGCUGUAUUUUUCUUCACCACCUUUUUUAUGCUCAUUCUUCAUGUGGGUCUCGUGUCUGAUCCCCCAGACCUACACAGGGUUGCAGAUCUAUUCUCGCUCCUAUGUUCAAGGCUUCUACCUGCAAGCUUCAUUGCAUAUGUGCUCUACAUCUACUGCGCGCGCCCUCUACUACAACCACUGGCUUCCCCCCCCGUUUACCAGUUCAGUAAAACAAUCCUAUACCUAGGCCCGGCGUUUAUCGGUGCGCUUAACAACUACACUUUUGCUUUAUGGAUACCCAUCCAGCGUCUUACCCCGCACGACAUCAAAUCCCAGCCAGGUGCCCCCAUCGCCCUGGCCAUCGUGGUCACCAUCAUCAUCUCCAUCGUCCUCGGCCAAGCGUGGCACAUCCGCCAAGGCGGGCUGUUCUUCCACUAUCUAAAAAUCUACCUCUGCAUUGGCGGCGGCCUGAUCUUCCUGCUUGUCCUUCCCCAAUUCCGCCUUCGUAUCCACCACUACAUCCUCGGCAUGCUCCUUAUGCCAGGCACAGCUUUCCCCACCAGGCCCUCGAUCAUCUACCAAGGCCUGCUUCUCGGCCUUUUCGUCAACGGUGUUGCCAGAUGGGGCUUUGCCUCCAUCAUCGAAACGCCAAGCGCACUGGGUGAGCUUCCUGGGCCUGGGGGGAGCCAUGGCUGGUGGGGCGCCACAAGCCCCAACGUCACCAAUUCCUCCGUCCAUAUCUCGCUGCCGUCCGGCGACAAUGUGAACCGAGGUAAUGGCAACAUUACCUUCCGGCUAUGGGAGCCGGAGCGUAUGGAGACGCUGGGCGUUGAUGGCAUUAGUGUGUUGGUGAAUGAUGUGGAGAGGUGGCGUGGGUUUUUGGACGAGGAUGUGAACGGAGUGUUUGUCUGGCAUCGACAGGGGCAUCGGGGGCUAGAUAUGUCGAGACCAGUGCCGCUGGUUGUUGAGAGAGCUGGUGUCGAUGGACAAGAGUAUGAGGAUGACGAUACCUCUCUUAUAUCAGUGCAGGAUCAAGAUGAGGAUCCGGCUGAGGAUUUGUUCUUCCGCUUUGCGUUUUUGAAGGGUUCAAAGGUUGGUCUUUAUGGUGGCGCUGGGAUUUGGAAUAGAGAUGGCAGCUGGAUAAAUCCUCCUCCUCCGAGGACUUGAUUUUCGUUUUCCGCUUCUCGUUUCAUAUAUUGCAUGUGUGGGUUUUGUUCUCUGGGGUCACCUGGGGGAAGGGAGUGGGAGGGCCGCUGCUUUUGUUCCCUUGUUCAUAUUCACGAUCGGUUUCUGCUUUUACAUUGCCGCGAGGCAAUCGAUCACCCAGAAUCCUAGACGGUCCGGCUUUUUUUCGUCUAUUGAAUAAGUAUAUCAUGUAAACAUCGCUUCCUUGCUUUUCCUUUUUUUUUUUUUCUUCCUUCCUCCCUUGUUCCUAUUCCUUUCUUGUUUUAUUUUUCAUUGACUCUUGUAACGUGUUGGACACCUUUUAUAUUCCCUUUAUUAUUUGCUUCUGCUUUUACUGGAGUCGAGUGGAGGUAACAAUACGAAUAUGGAACGGGACACUGUACGGUGUGGGCUGGUCGAUAUGAACGAAUGGUUAUUACGGUGGUAUGCGUG